GAUAAUUCUACUCUCUGGGCAUGCUCGAGAGAUAAGACAACACUUUCCUGUCCUGUAGAAUAGGGACCGAUAGUGAAAUGUUGAGGAGCAUGAACGAGGGUCGGACCCUGUUCCCGCAACGAAACUUUCACCCUGGUUCCAUGCACAUGCACUGCAUAGUUAGAGAAUAUUUAGGCAUUGCCUCUGAUCUGAAUACCAAUCGAAGCGCUGCACUGGAUCAGUCCACCCCAAAAGGUCCCUGUGGCAGGAAAAAGAAUGAGCCGCGUGGCGGGGAAAAUACUUAGGACGGCGACGGAUCCAUGGAUCAACUGCGGCAUCGAGGAAAGAUCGGCGGCCCGGUGGAG